CCGCCAAGACAAGUUCCCACUUGGCAACCUGCUUUUACGCGCGUCUUUGCUCUGUUCAGGUUCCGCAACCUCGCUUCCUUCCCAUUUGAACGAACACUUGGUCUUCGUUUGGCAAUGUCGUUAACGGCGUCUCGAAACCUCGCCGCAACGUUUCUGCGACGAUUCUCCGCAGCCACAAGGGGCCCAAAAAACCUCUAUUCCCGAAUCAGCCCCCUCGGAGACCCUUCCGUGAGCGUUGUCCCCGUUCUCGACAGGUGGAUCCAACAAGGUAACGCCGUUAACGGCCUCGAGCUUCAACGCAUCGUCAAAAUCCUCCGCACCAACAAGCGCCUCACCCAAGCACUCGAGGUUUCUGAGUGGAUGAGUAGCAAAGGGCUAUGCCCAAUUUCCUCGGGUAACCAAGCGGUGCAGUUAGAUCUCAUUGGUAGAGUUCGUGGAGUGGAGAGUGCGGAGAGUUAUUUCAACAGUUUGAGUGAUAGAGACAAAACUUUCAAGGCUCACGGUGCCCUUUUGAAUUGUUAUGUGAGGGAAGGAUUGGUUGAAAUGUCACUCUCGCAGAUGCAGAAGAUGAAGGACAUGGGUAUGGUUUCCCUUCUCAAUUACAACAACAUAAUGUGGCUCUACACGCACACCCAACAACUUGAGAAAGUCCCUGGUGUCUUGGCCCAGAUGAAAACCGAUGGUGUUUCUCCAAACAUCUUCAGCUACAGGAUUUGCAUAAACUCUUAUGGCAUGCGAGGCGACCUCGCGAAUGUGGAGAAACUGUUGGAGGAGAUGGAGAGUGAACCCCACAUUGGCACAGAUUGGAUGACAUAUUCUAUGGUGGUGAAGUUCUACAUAAAAGCAGGCAUGAAGGAGAAGGCUCUGGUUUUCCUGAAGAAGUGUGAGGAAAAAGCAGACAAGCGCGACGUGCUUGCCUACAACCAUCUGAUAUCACACUAUGCAGGUCUUGGGGGCAAGGGGGGCAUGAUGAGAGUUUGGAGGCUCCAGAAAGCCAACUGCAAGAAGCAGCGUAACAGGGAGUAUAUAACCAUGUUGGGUUGUUUGGUGAAGCUUGGGGAGCUUGAUCAAGCUGAAAAAGUACUUGCCGAGUGGGAGUUAUCUGGUAACACUUGUGAUUUCAGAGUGCCUAACGUCCUCCUCAUAGGGUAUUCCCAGAAGGGAAUGGUUGAGAAGGCAGAAGCAGUGCUGCGAAGUUUGGCCGCAAAAGGAAAGACACCGACUCCCAACAGUUGGGGCAUCAUUGCAUCUGGGUAUGUAGACAAGGAGAACAUGGAGAAGGCAUUUCAGUGCAUCAAGGAAGCUCUGGCUGUGCUAGACCAGAACACACGUUGGAGACCAAAAGUUGAUGUCGUGUCCAGCAUUUUCAAUUGGGUCACUAGUAACAGAGAUGUAGGGGAAGUGGAAGAUUUUGUUAAUUCAAUGAAGACUGUGAAUUCAAUGAAUAGGGACAUGUAUCUGUCUUUGAUCAAGAUGUACGUUAGAUGUGGGAAGGAUUUAGAUGGGAUUUUAGAGAGUAUGAAAGCUGAUAAUAUAAACCUCGAUGAAGAAGAAAUUAAGGAAAUCUUAGCUCACAAUUAAGGUUUUAGAAAAGUUUCGUAACCACAAUAGCCGCUGUAAUGUCGAAGUUUCUGGACUCUUCACAAUUACAUCAUGAUUCUGAUUGCAACAGUACUGUAAUUGCAACUGCAAUCACAAUUGAAAACCUUGCUCUAGAUUGCAGUUAUAUUCUUAUUUUUUCCUCCCUCCGUUUUUUUAGUCUUGCAAUCAUUUCAGUGCUCAAUGAGGUAGAUGGCGUGAUCCUAAAACAGCAUUGUUUGUGUUUAGAUAUUCAAAUGUUGUUUUUGUCGCUAUAGGUCAGUGCUGCAAUCCAAAGAAGAUUGGACAGAUGUUGCAAUGUUUGGAUGUACUGUUAAUCGAAGAAUUAGGUGGUAAGGUUGCGGUGACCAUUUUAAAACUUUUCUAAGUCCUGGCUACUAGAAAUAAAUAAAGGUAUUACAUGUAUCCUUAAUGUUUAAACAGUCAUGUAAGGUGAAAGUCCAAAAUACCUGCAAAAUGCUUCAGAUUUUGUUUAAUGUAUCUUAAAAUAUUUUUAUAAUAUAUCAUGUAAUUCAUUAGUUA